AUCGGCCAACUCGAUUAAAAAAAGUUGAUCUUUCAUUUCUUCGACUAUCAUACAGCAACUUCUUGACAGAUGACACAUGACAGUUUGUCGACUGCAGAACCAGGAAAUCAACAAAAAAGUUGAGUUGUUGGUUGGUUAAGAAAGGAACACUGUAAUUGAAAAGAAAUCAAUACAGAAUGGUGCAAGUGUGGUACAUGGAUGACUCUGACUCCGACCAACGAGAAGAGCAUCACCGUCAACCGCCGCAAUUCAUAGAUCUCGAUACUCUCUUUCAACUUUCUGGUGUUGAAUAUUUCAAGAUUAAUGAAGAAAAUCUUGCUAAUGAUGAACUGCUGAACAAAAUCAAGCAUGAGAGAAACUAUAACUAUGAAGAUGAAAUCACUUGUUCAAAGGAAUGUCUACAAAAUUAUGAAGAAAAGUUGAAAAACUUCUACACUGAGCAUUUGCAUACUGAUGAAGAGAUUCGUCUUGUGAUGGAAGGUUCCGGCUACUUUGAUGUGAGAGACAAGACCGAUCAAUGGAUAAGGAUUCAAGUGGUUCCUGGAGAUCUCAUCAUCAUACCCAAAGGAAUUUAUCAUAGAUUCACACUAGACGUGAACAACUAUAUCAAAGCUAAGCGUUACUUUGUGGGUGAACCAGUGUGGACUCCACAUAACCGGCCGGCUGAUGACAUGGAAUGCCGCAAACAAUACAUUGAAAGCCUUCAGCAUGGAUUCAAAUCUAAAGGAAUUGUUGCUUAGAAAAGUUACCAACAUUAACAAAGAGCAGCUUCUGUUGUAAAAAUCGAUUGUGCAAUCUGUUAUUAUAUGCAUAGAUAAUAUAUUUUUUCAAACAUAGA